AGACUGCUGGGAGCAAAGGGGCGGUUACAAGAAGCUCCGCGCACCCUCUAUGGCCGCGCCUUGGGUCCUGCUUUGGGCCGUCUGUGUGCUGCGGUUGGUGCUGGCCACCGUCUACUUCCAGGAGGAGUUUCUAGACGGAGAGCGCUGGAGGAACCGAUGGGUGCAGUCCACUAAUGACUCCCAAUUCGGGCAUUUUAGACUCUCGUCAGGGAAAUUUUAUGGCCAUAAAGAAAAAGACAAAGGUCUGCAAACCACUCAAAAUGGCCGAUUCUAUGCCAUCUCUGCCCGGUUUAAACCAUUCAGCAAUAAAGGGAAGACGCUGGUCAUUCAGUACACAGUGAAACACGAGCAGAAGAUGGACUGUGGAGGGGGCUACAUUAAGAUCUUCCCUUCGGAUGUAGACCAGAAGAACCUGAGUGGGAAGUCCCAGUACUAUGUUAUGUUCGGACCUGAUAUUUGUGGAUUUGAUAUCAAGAAAGUUCAUGUUAUUUUACAUUUCAAGAAUCAGUAUCAUUCAAACAAGAAACCUAUCAGGUGUAAGGUUGAUGGCUUUACACACCUCUACACUCUGAUCUUAAGACCAGAUCUCACUUAUGAAGUGAAAAUUGAUGGCCAAGUGAUUGAAUCCGGCAGUAUUGAGUAUGACUGGAACUUAACAUCACUGAAGAAGAUGGAGAAGUCUUCAGCAGAGUCCAUGGACUGGGAGCAGGAGAAAGAGGACAAACUCCAGGACUGGGAGAAGCAUUUUCUGGAUGCCAGUGCUAGCAAGCCAAGCGACUGGAACAGUGAACUGGACGGCGACUGGCAGGCGCCAAUGCUUCAGAAACCUCCAUACCAGGAUGGCCUGAAACCGGAAGGAAUAGAUAAAGACGUUUGGCUCCAUCAAAAGAUGAAAAACACCCACUAUUUGACGGAAUACGACCUUUCAGAAUUUGAGAACAUUGGUGCCAUCGGGCUGGAGCUUUGGCAGGUGAGAUCUGGAACCAUCUUCGAUAACUUCCUGAUCACAGACGACGAAGAGUAUGCUGAGAAUUUUGGCAAGGCCACCUGGGGUGAAACCAAGGGCCCGGAAAGGGAGAUGGAUGCCAUCCAGGCCAAGGAGGAAGUGAAGAAGGCCCGUGAGGAAGAUGAGGAGGACCUGCUGAUGGGCAGGUUUGAUGGGAGAGAAAAUAAUUUCAGGAGAUUUCACAAGAGGGAUGAGCUUUAGUCACCCCACCCCAGAUAAAGAUGACUGGUAAACCUUGUUACUUUAAUCUACAUUUAAAAGCUCAAAUGCCUGCACA